AUGAAUCGCGUCGAGCGCCAACGGCAUGAAUAUGCCUUAUUGUUGACAGCAGGUCUUUAUCAUACAUCCGAUCAAUGGACUCGAGUUCUAACUCCAUUUAUUCAAUGGGAACUUGAGCCUCAUUUAUCACCAGACUCCCUCUUAUGGCUAACUGCAACAUCAACACUUUUCUCUUUAAUCGGAACAGUGUUCAUAGCACAAAUGAUCGAAGCAUUUGGACUUAGAAAAACGGCCGUCAUUUCGUCGUGCGUCGUUGCAAUUUUUCAAAUUGUCGUCGGGUUUACUCGCGAUUACUACACAUACUUGUUUCUACAGACUUUGUUGAUUUUCAACAACAUGCCAAUGAUUAUCGACGCUGCUGUCCUUCAUUUAGAGGGUGAGGAUGGUGACGACAAGAAGCGAACAAGAUUAAUAACCAAAAUCCUAAUUCCAACAAGUAUUGGUUUUGCCGCUGGACCAUAUUGUGCAUUACAAAUGAUCUUCUUUGUUACACCCUCCUUGGAGCUCUCGCAAUCAAUUUGCUCAGUUCUCACGAUUUUCUUUAUAAUUCCUUUGGUGGUUAAUUAUUUUCCCGAUAGCAACUGUAGUAAAGGAAAAUCGUUUAUUCCCGAUUUAAGAGCCUAUGGAGAUUUAUUGAAGAACGAGAGAACUGUUUGGUGCACAAUUCUCAUAAUGUUGAUUUCGGCCCCCUAUGCCACAUAUGACAACGUAAUUCGGAUAACUCUGGCUUCAACAGCACUUCGAGAUCCGCGUACAAUUCACACGCUAUUUCUCAUCCUCGGAAUUACUACGAUGAUCGUUAACGCCGUUUUCUUACCAAAACUUCAGACCCGGUUCGCACCGCAAUUCCUGUUGAAGCUCGCGUUCGCAAUUCUCACAAUUUCAUACAUCUAUCUCGCAAUUUUCCGCGAUUAUACCCAUUUGCUGUUUGGAAUGCCGCUGCAAGUAAUUGGAGUCACCAUUGGAUUGGGCGAGGUUUCCUCGCAGCUGAUGGGCACAAUUGGAAGAGGUGGAGCCGGAAAAGCUGCUGCUCUUAUUCGCAUAAGCCAAUUAUUGGCGGGCAUUUUAAUUCCUUUCAUCGUCGGAAGCUGGAUGUCUCACAUCGAUAGCACAUGGCUUUGUGUUGCAAGUGCGGGAAUAUCUAUCAUCGCAAUUGGCCUUGUUGAGAAAUAUGGAUCUUUUAUGAAGUUCAACGCCGCGCUUUUACCCGGUGUCCUCGGCAAAUUCGAAUAA